GGUUAUUUAGUAUCCCUGCUGUGAAAUCCAGCUUAGUCAGAUCCACUACCAGCUGUUUAAAAAACGACAACAAAGCUGUCAAGCUGGUAGACUUUUGAUAACUUUGAUCAGUUAUUUUCCAGUUUACUUAUUACUCAAUGAAAUUGAUCAGCAAAUGUUUGAGAAUGUUUGAGAUUUUCUAAAUGCCAAGCUGUUAUUUAGGCUCUGUAACACUGGUCAUGGUAAUUCAGGAACUGUUUCCUUUCUACCAGCAUUUACCAGUUGCUCAUGAUGGUCUACCGGUUUGGGGUUUUGCUAGCUGCUCAGACCAAUGACAUUUUUUCCCCUUUUCUUUCUUUUUUUUUCUUUUUUUUUUGUAGAUUUAGAGUUUGGAUGUAGCCAUUCAUUGAUACAUUAAUUGCUGUCUGUACCGGAGGCAGUAAAAGUCGAGGUAGAUGAGCUUCAUGCACAGAGGACUGGGAGGAUUUCUUCAGUAAGGCGGGGUCUGUGGUGUCCCGCGUGCGCGCGCUGCUGAAGAGGGGAGAUGCCGCUGAACACUACACCUCCACCACGUUCACUUCACUAUACUCCUACACCUUCACAUGCACAUCUCUCUCCUGUGGACACAGCCUUCCUGCUUCGCUAAUCCUCGAUCAAACCAUUUUCUUUAUUAUUAUUAUUAUUAUUAUUAUUAUUAUUAUUUUGCUUGUAAGAAAUGUUUUUGCUGUAUUUCUUUUUUAAGAAAUAAAUGAUGCCCUGACCCAGAAUAGCUGCUGAUGGAGAAAUUAUGGCACGUCAGCAGUCGCUGUUAGUCUGUUUUCCGUUUUCCAGUCGAUGAAAAAGGAAACUGUGGGUUUUUACCCCUUCGAGAUCUGGACAGACAAGAACCCAAGACAACAUGGAGACAUUCACUAUACAUGACAUGCUCAUUAACAGCACGGAUAUUUAUAAAAUAUUGUGUGAAUUCGCCUUCAGGAACAUAUCCGAGUGCGAGAACGCCAGCGACCCGGGGACACACGCGCUAACGCCGGAGCCUAAAGAUAUAAACCAGACGGUGCGGAUCAUUCUCUACUGUGUGAUCUUCCUGCUGAGUGUUCUGGGGAAUAGCCUGAUCAUCGCAGUCCUGGUGAGGAAUCGGCGCAUGCGAACCGUCACCAACCUCUUCCUGCUCUCUCUGGCAGUCAGUGACCUGAUGCUGUGCAUGUUCUGCAUGCCCUUCACCCUCAUUCCCAACCUGAUGAAGAACUUCGUCUUCGGCAGCAGCAUCUGUAAAGUGGCCACCUACUUCAUGGGUAUCUCAGUAAGCGUGUCCACCUUCAACCUGGUGGCCAUCUCUCUGGAGCGCUACAGCGCCAUCUGCAAUCCACUAACGUCGCGCACAUGGCAGACCAAAUCUCACGCCGCCAAGGUGAUCAGUGCCACAUGGCUGCUAUCCUUCCUGCUCAUGGUGCCGUACCCAAUCUCCAGCACGCUCGUGCCCUACCGCCGCACCAACAACAGCACGGGCAACAUGUGCCGCCACAUCUGGCCCAGCGACAUCAUCCAGCAGUCAUGGUAUGUGUUCCUGUUAUUGAUCCUCAUCCUGGUGCCAGGAAUUGUGAUGAUGACAGCAUAUGGGCUAAUCUCUGUCGAGCUGUACAGAGGAAUCAAGUUUGAAAUGGCUAACAGAAAGGCAAGCCAAGAGAGACAGACCAGCACAGGAAGCCUGAAGCCCAGCGAGUGUGACGGCUGCUAUCUUCAACCCUCCAAGAAGAAGCGCUCAGAUGCGUCCACCAAUCAGCAAUCGACACUACUUGCUUCCAGCAGCAAACCCAAGCUGAACCGUGUGUACAGCAACAGCCCUACAGCCAACCUGAUGGCAAAAAAGCGCGUGAUCCGCAUGCUGUUGGUCAUCGUGGUGCUCUUCUUCCUCUGCUGGACACCCGUGUUUGCGGCAAACGCCUGGCGGGCAUUUGACAAGCGCUCAGCUGACCGCCUGCUCUCGGGAGCCCCCAUCUCCUUCAUCCACCUGCUCUCGUACACCUCAGCAUGCGUCAACCCCAUCAUCUACUGCUUCAUGAAUAAGCGCUUUCGUCAAGGCAUGCUAGCCACCUUCUCCUGCUGCACAGGGCACGUGGAUAGAGAGGGCCGGGGCAGUGGGCGCCUCAGUGCCGGAGGAGGAGGAGGAGGCGGCGCACUUGGAACUCUGGGAUGCGCUGGAGCAGGAGGGAAGGAGAACACGCAAUCCAGCGGGACGCUCACCAGGUUGACGUACAGCAGCGUCCGAGGGUCAGCACAAGCAUAGCAGAGUGAAAAGAAGUAGGUUUGUGCUUGUGGGUUCACUCGGAGAACUUUCAGACUGCUGGAUUCCUUUCAUAAUCAUCUGUGAUGUUUCCUUCAAAGAUUUGAAAAAUUGGUACGUGAGGAAAAACAGUUGCCUACUUAUUUAUAAUGUUUCUUAAGAGGAGCCUCUUUCUUUGUAUUACUCUCAAUCCAGGCAGCUCGUUUUCUAACUCCGGACUUUUCCUAUGAGUAUUAGCUGAAAACGAAACCGCUCACUGAUAUACGAGACAUUAAGUCUGCAUGCACUGGUGGGUGAGAAUAUUCAGAGACUCGUGUUAAAAGUGUUUAAAUUCGAAAUUCAUGUCACUGGUGAGUAAACAGACACAUCAAAUGGAGCAUGACUGUGCAUGGCUUGAGAGUCGCUUUAGUCUGCAUUAGGCCACUGACUCGUGUACGAGCCUUUAAUGAAACACAGGAGUUCCUGGUCCAUCUACAAUCAUACAGACGGAGAGAGAGAGAGAGAGAGAGAGAAUGAGAGAGAGCAAGAGAGAGUGAGAGAGAGGGAAAGUGUGAGAGAAAGAGAGGGAGAUAGGGGGAUAGAGUGUGAGAGAGAGGGAGAGAGAGAUGGGGAGAGAGGGAGAGAGUGUGUGAGAGAGAGAGAGAGAGAGAGAGAGAGGGAAAGAGUGUGAGAGAGAGGGAGAUGGGGGAGAGAGUGUGAGAGAGAUGGAGAGAAAGAUAGGGGGACAGAGAGAGAGGGUAUGAGAGGGGGAGAGAGAGUGAGAGAGAGAGGUUGUGAGAGAGUGAGAGAGAGAGGGUGUGAGAGAGUGAGAGGGUGUGAGAGAGAGGGAGAGAGAGAGUGAGAGAGGGUGAGAGAGAGAGAGUGAGAGUGAAAGAGAGAGAGGAGAAGAGGUUCAUUAAGGAGCUCGUUUAUCUGUUCAUCAGUACGGUUUUAUGCUCUGUGUAGUAGGAUGCAGUAUUGCACCUUAUUGUGUUAUGUUAUGUGGAGAAAGUUAUAAUACUUUCCUCAGCUCCAGUGGAUGAAUAAACUAGAUAAGUCUCUGAUAAAGUAACUCCAUGCCAUACUCAGAGAGAGAAAAAAACAAUACAGAUGAUUUCAUCCGUGUUCAGGUGUAAAGAGUGCGUAUUGCAGCUUUAAACUUUCCAACACUAGCUGUGUUUUUACAUUUAGUGGCACACACCGGCUGAAAGGGACUGAGGUUAUCCAGAUGUUCAGAGAAAACUCACAGCUAAUGCUUUCGGACAUCGUACAGACCUCCAGCAGAGCCGAACCACGUGCAGUCCUUCAGCAUGAUGCCAAACAAACAUACCCAGAAGUCAGCUUGAAGUUCUGUGUACAUGAUAUUAGCCACAUAUUAAUGACUCCUUUACGGCCAUUUUUCAGAUUGAGGAGGAAAAAAAAAGAAAUCUGUGAAUAUGUAAAUAUACGGACUCAUCCUGGCAAGCCUGUAUACCUCCGUUGCUACAAUCUAUUGUCACUGCCACACAAAUAUGUAGAAAUGUGUAAAUACAGCUUCGGUCAAUUUCACUGCUGACGGUCUUUGUUCUGUGUCGAUGGAGUACAUCAGUAAAAGCACCGCAUCCAGAGUGUUUCUCUCCCAAAGGUACACGGGAGAUUCUUUAUCCAAAUACUGGCUGUUCUUUCAACCUGUACAAAUUGUACCGUUUAUUUGAUCUGCCGCCGUUUCUUAUCUCCUCAUGCGACUUUUCUCACCUGUGAAAAACACGAAAAGCAUCAAGCCAAGGCCUGUCACUCACACCUGGGACUUUUCCUCCCAAAGGAAAAUGUAGCACUUUGUAUGAUUUGCGUUUCUCAAUGAAAUACGUUCGAUUUUCUUUGUUCACUAAAUGUAUGUUUGAAACACACCGCAUUACUUCAUGCACUCAACACAGUGGAAUUGCUCAUGUAUGGUUCUUCCUGCUGACUGAACGCUGAAUAUAAUAAAAGGUUGAUUACACGUAAAGCCUGCCUCGGAUAUGUUUAUCCAGCCCGAGCGUUCGAAUACAAGGACCGUGCUUUCAAGAUUCGCAUAUUUUUAUUUCUUCCAAGCCAAGAAGACAUAG